CAAAGGUGGCCAAAACUACCGUGAAGGGGCACAAAGAUAGGCAUAAGUACUUUGAAGGGGCACAAGGUGGACAAAACUGCAGUGAGAGGGCACAAUGUGGGCAUUAGUACUUUGUGGCAGAACUAAGGGGAAAUGCCCUUGAGUACCCUGCUAUACAUUGGGAUGACUCGGUUUUACAGGCCAGCGCAGCGCCCCCUGCUGGGCAUUUUGUGAUUAUAAUUUUUGCUUUAAACCACUUGUUCCAGAUCCAGCAGACAUCACGCCGACGCCAGUGGCACCCUGAUUGAGGUAGAACCAGUUGGUUCUUUCGUUUAUCGCAGGUGUGUUGGUUCCGCUGUGUACCCUGGGAUAGAUUUUAUCAGAGAAAGCAAUGACGUCAGCGCUAAUGAAUCCAGCUAUGGCUCCAGCCAUGACGUCACAGGGGGCUCCUCUUACUGCACCUGCAGUAGUCACUGAUGGUCCAACAGCGCCACCCUCUGACUGGGAGGUGAUUCCAGGGUAUGAAGGCAUGGGCAGCGAUGAUGGCGGUAAAUUUCUGCCCCCAGCCCAACCGGGGCUGAUGCCAGGCUCCAUGCCGACACCUGCAAACACCAGCUGGACAAUCCCAUCGGUCUCAGAAAAUGAUGCUAGAAAUGCCCUGAAGGAUUUUGCCAAAAAUAAAUGCUGCUACCGCACCACCCCUGCAGAGGAAAUGGACUUCCAUGAACUUCGACCUUUUAAUACAUACAGGUAUCGACUGGAGACGUUCACAGAGUCCCGGACAUGUAAAUGGGUCACCACACCUUACAAUGGUCAGUCUGUGGAUUCACCAGUAUUUGGCAUUCCCCCUCAGCCAUGGGAUGUACCCAUCCAGAUCCCAGCUAUGUUUAAAGAUGAGAUAAUGAAGAUGCCUGUUCCUCAUACAUCUUCCUUGAAGGCCUGUCCUCAGUGUCUGGGAAUCUGCAAGACGGUGUGCAAGAAGUGUCAUGGCACAGGCCGUGUGAGGUGCUGGGUUUGCAACGGGACUGGACGCCGUUUCGAUGACCCUUGUCACCGCUGCAGAGGACAAGGCACAGAAAGCUGCACCACUUGUCACAGCACUAGAUAUGAGAGGUGUGUGGGAUGCUCUGGACGCGGACAGAUCCUGAACUACAUUGAGCUGACUGUCACAUGGAAAAAUAACAUUUAUGAGUUUGUAGCCGAACACAAUUCAGAGUUUCCUACAGAUCUGUUCAAAAAGGUCAAUGGAGAAAUGAUCUUCAUGGAUGAGCAAAUGCUGUUGUCUCCCUUGGUUAAUUUCCCAGCUCAGUCCAUAAAUCAGUCUUCCCAGAAUGCCUUGCAGCAGCAUCGUACCCAGUUUUUUUCCACAAGUCGGGUGCUCAGACAGAGACACAGCAUCGAGUGGCUGCCGCUCACCAAGGUGGAGUACAUCUGGAGGGGGAAUCGCUAUGACUACUUUGUGUACGGAAAAGAGAACCAAGUGUACACUGACAACUAUCCACAGAAGUGCUGCUGCGUAGUCAUGUGACUUGUACCUGUCCCAGGACAGCACUCAUCAUGCCUAUUUCCAGAAGGUUCCUCAUGGGCGGAGCCUGUGAUGUUGCAGCAGCUCACAUGAUUGGGCUAUAUGAGGUCCUUUCCAGACAAUAAAAUCACAAUCCAGUGUAAUACUGGACCUCAUUACAAGGGUAUAUUCACACAUUGCUGCGCCAUAGCAAAACUACAUGCAGAUAAAAGUCGCUUUUGUCACAGUUCUAAUGUAAUUGCAGUGGGGGCUUAUUUACAUGUUUAUAUUUUCAGUUUCUACUGUUUAAUUAUACAAUUGUAUCAAUAUAUGAUCAAUGGGAGCAAUAAAAAAAAUAAAAAAUUUCCACUGGGGAAAACUAACCUCAAUCAUUGCCAAUAUUCUGGUGUGUAUGGCCCUUUAAGAACCAGUAUUACUAUAAAAUACCAGCACACAUUUUUGAUUGGAAACAAAUUGUCUUCCUUUUUUAGUGUGUGACCCUCUGCAUGACCGCACAAUAUGUAGCUUUACGUAUGUGCAUUCAUCAGAUUUUAUGUAGUGCAUCGUUAUUUAUGCUUUGUGGCAUAUUUUAGGAUUGUGUCCACUCAAUACAAUAUUUUUUUGCUCCAGUGUCUCUAAAAUAAUAAAAUGAAACAUCUUUUCAAAUAA